AUGAGUGAAGCCGAGAUCUUGGACCGUGUAGACUGCACGAUAGACCGAUUUUACGAAAUGAACGACUUUAUGUUGGACCCUGUAGUGAAUAUUCUUUAUACUACAACGGAAACCACACAACAAGAGACUCCUGAGGCUGAAAAUGCUGUUAUUGAGUUUGUCGAAAUGAUCGACAAAAAGGCGGAGACAAAAGCAAAAGAUGUUGCGCUUACUGCAGCCGAUUCGACAGACACACAACUGAAUUUCCAAGACGAGGAAUUCACUGAGAAAAUACUUAAUGAAGAAGAAGUCCGCGAGAACACGAUCAGUGGCUACAUUUCCCGGAACGAUGAAUUGGACGAGAAAUACGGCGACUUUUCGACACAAGUUUCAGAUGAAGAGAUUUUGAUUUACUUGAAAAAUCGGAACGAGUGGAUUGGGCGAAUGUUAGAGAAGUUGAGUUCGGAGUAUCGAGAAAGCAAAGAGCUGAAAGUGUCAUGCCACACCUACAAUGUCGACCAACAUGUUUUUGAGCCCGAGUAUUUGAGUGAGUGGAUAGACAUUGAUUUUGAGAGUGACAUCAUAGUGGUAGCUACACAAGAAUUAGAUAUGGACAAGGAACACAUUUUUUUAGGAAGUAAGAAGACGACUAAAGGUGAAGCGUGGAGGAAGAAUUUACUUGAGACGGUGAAGAGGAAAGGAAAUUACCAAUACAUCACACACCGACAGAUGUGUGGUAUCGUUAUAUUCAUGUAUGCCAAACCUGACAUCGCAAACUUAAUGAAGAACGUCUCAACCGCGUGUUUGCCUGUCGGGACUAUGAAGUGUGCGAAUAAAGGUGGCGUAGCAAUUCGAUUUGAUAUGUUAGAGACAAGCUUCUGCUUUGUUAACUCCCACUUGGCUGCACAUAUCGAGCCGGAGAAGCUUCGCAAGAGGAAUGAGCAUUGGAAUACUAUAUGGAAAGACUUGAAAUUUGAUAAGAAGGGAGUUAUAGGAGACCACGACUAUGUCAUAUGGAUGGGUGAUCUGAAUUAUCGAAUUCAAAUGGAUGACAAAGAAGUUCGAGAUAAAGUCGAGAAGGGGAUGUUUGAGGAGUUAUUUGAACAUGACCAAUUACAUACUGCUAUGUUAAACAAAAUCGUCUUUAAUGGGUUCAAUGAGGCUAAAAUCACAUUCAAACCAACGUUUAAAAUAGAUAUUGGUUCAGAUGUCUAUAACGCAGAGAGAGUCCCGUCAUGGUGUGACAGGGUACUUAUAAGGAAACAGAAUGCAUACCCAAGCCAAAUACUGAACUAUACAUCACACGCCAAAAUGCUUCAAAGCGACCAUAAACCAGUCUCAUGCUGCUUUCUAUUGUACCCUUCGAAGCUAUUUAAUGACAAAUUGGAGGAAGUUCAAUGCAAGUUGUGGAAAAUGUCUGAUUAUAUAGAACAGAAAUUAAUACCACAAGUCGAAGUAAAGGGAUUGGAACUCCUUUUCGAGAAUGUCGAACUGUCAUCCACAUACGUCCAAAGUCUCGAAAUUAAAAAUGUCGGGAACUACCCAACUAAAUUCCAGUUUGAGCAACGCCCGGACACACGAAUGAUAUGUCCAGUGUAUUACAAAGUCUCUGUUACUGAAGGUGUUAUUAAACCAGGAGAGUCUGUGGAGAUCAAAGUCACGUUAUUUAUUCAACCCGACCAAGCCAUGUUAGUCUCAAAGAAAGAGGUCACAGACAUCUUUUCGCUCUCAUUUGCGUUUGGUGGGAUAUACUUUGUGACUAGUCGGAUGGUCAUCAAAGACACGAUCUUUGGAAAGGACCUCAAAACUUUGGUUUACUCAGAAGUCCCCUAUUGUCAAGU